GACCAUAUCUUCCACACUGCCUCUCUGUUCUCACCCUCAGCAGCUCCUCGAAGCAGGGACCGGCUGGUUGAUGUCAUCGAGACGGACAUCCUGAAGAGAGGAGGGGAUCUAUCAGAACAAAGCGGAAUAAAAACACAAUUUCCCUCCACGCACACGCGCACCGUGUGAAGCGAGAUUAUUCGCUGCGUCGCUCGCAGUGGUUGGACUCCGCUUCCUGCUUCUCCUUCUUGUUGCACCACGGGAGCUCCUCUCGCGGAGGAUCCGAUCCUUUUGUGUCGCUCUGCGGUUGUUUAUCCGCGCUCCAACUUCUGUUUCAUUUCAGUUUGUUUCUUUCUCGCGUCGGCAUUUAAACGGAAUGAAUGACAAAAACAAAGGAGGUUGAUGUCCAUAACUCUCCGGCUCACCUCGUCUUCGCCUCGCCCAAGGAACGGAGACUCCAUCUCCGGCAGAAGAUGGAAAGCGGAGGCGGGACGGAGGGCUCGGACAGCGGGCAGACGCAGCACGCGGAGCUCCCCGCGAUGGUGGCCGCUCAUCCUCCGGGCGAGAAGAAGAAGAAGGUGAACCGGGCUCCGUCCCCGGCCCGGCCGAAGGAUGUACCCGGUUGGUCGCUCACCAAGAUCCGCGGAGGGAUUGGGACCCCGACCCUGAGCGUCAAACCGGGAGCCAUCCACCUGGGUAGCCGCAUUUCCAGGCGCAGCCCCGUGGGAGGUCUGGCUGCAAGGGACGGCAAGACGGAGAAGAGCGGUGGUGUGAAACCGACGGGCAAAUCCUCCUCUUCUUCUUCCUCCUCCUCUUCCUCCUCCUCCUCCUCCGCGUCGUCCAAAACGGCCAAGGCGGCCAAGAGCACCGGCGGGCGGCGGAAGGUGUCGGACGCCAGCAUCGGAUCCGACGAUGCAUCAAAGGACUCCGGCUGCGCCACCGGGAAGCUGUCCCCCACCGACAGUAGCUCCGAGCUGUCGGACUGCGCCUCUGAGGAAAACAAGCUCUCCGCGGACGCUGCGAGCAGCGACGCCGAAUCAAGGAGCAGCCGGGGCGGCGGGCCGGACGGCGACAAGCCGCUCAGGGACAGAGCCGGCCACCAAGCCGCCGCGGCCGCCGCCGCCAGGACCACAUGCUCCUCCGCGGAGAGGGACUGCAAGGACCGGCUCUCCCUGGCCGUGGGCACCGGGGAAGGGAGCAUAUCCCCUGGCGAGGAGCGCUCGGUCACCUCGUUUGACAGCAGGGUCCCUGCCAGCACAUCCCUGGCUUUCUCAGACCUCACGGAGGAGUUUAUGGACGGCAUGCACGAGGAGUUUGUCCGGGAAAUAGAGGAGCUGAGGUCCGAGAAUGAUUACCUCAAAGACGAGAUGGAGGAGCUGAGGUCCGAGAUGCUGGAGAUGCGGGACAUGUACAUAGAAGACGACGUCUACCAGCUGCAGGACCUACGGCAACAGCUGGAACAGGCAAACAAGACCUGCCGCAUCCUGCAGUACCGGCUGAGGAAGGCAGAGCGGCGCUCUCUCCGCGUGGCCCAAACGGGGCAGGUGGACGGAGAACUGAUACGCACGCUGGAGCAGGACGUCAAAGUGGCGAAGGACGUGUCCAUCCGUCUCCACAGCCAGCUGGACAGCGUUGAAAAGAAGAGGAGUCGUCUGGAGCAGGAGAACGAGGAGCUGAGGGUCCGGCUGCAGGACCUGGAGGUCGCCAAACAGGUCCUGCAGCAGGAGAUUGACAAGAACUCCCAGAGGAAAAGAGGAGCACGACCCAACAACAAACCUGACAAGAAGCUCUGUCCACAGGAGGACAGCUCGGACCUGAAAUGCCAGCUCCACUUUGCCAAAGAGGAGUCAGCCCUGAUGUGCAAAAAGCUGACCAAACUGGUGAAGGACUGCGAGGCCAUGAAGGAGGAGCUGGCCAAGUUCAGGUCGCUGUACGGGGACGUCAACGCCUCGCUCACCGUGGAGGAGGUGGCUGACUCCCCCCACACGCGAGAGGCGGAGAUCAGAGUCCACCUGAAGCUGGUGGAGGAGGAGGCCAACCUGCUGAGUCGGCGCAUCGUUGAGCUGGAGGUGGAGAACAGGGGUCUCCGAGCUGAGAUGGACGACAUGAAGGGGCCACACGAUGGUCCACAGGAGCUUUCUGGUGUUGGUGGCAGUCUGGGCCUGGGACUCGGGGGAGGGGCUUCAUCCGAAAACGUCAUGGAGCUCCAGAGACACCUCCAGUUUGUGGAGGAGGAGGCGGAGCUACUCCGGAGGUCUCUCAUCGAGAUGGAGGAACAGAACAAACUCCUGAUGAACGAGAUAAACCGCUAUAAAUCUGAUCUCCCGCCGCCGCCGUCCGCACUGUCGUCCAAUUCAUUGGCGUCGCUGACGGACGGGCUGCUCAACGCCAGCCCGGUGCACUCCAUCCAGGAAGGGGCGGUGCUUAUCAGCACCGACGCCCCGGCCCACGAGGAGGAGCUCAGGCUGGCGAGGCUUCAGAUUGGAGAACUGGGCGGGAAGGUGAAAAAGCUGCAGUACGAAAACCGAGUGCUUCUGUCCAACCUGCAGCGCUGUGAUCUGGCCUCCUACCAUUCUCCUUCCUCCUCCUCCUCUUCCUCCUCACUUCGGCUGGCUCUGGACACUGACGCAGAGGCCGGAGACUCAGCUGAGUGCCUCCCAAGCCCGCCGCACCGCAAAGAGCCAGUCGGGGGUGAGACUGACGCCCUUGAGAUCAGGGAGCGGAAAAAGAAGAUCGAGGACAACGCUGACGCAACAACCUCCCUCCUCGGGUACCUGGGGCAGAAGGACCAUGAUGCCUUGCUGGCCAUGAGAGACCAGGCUCGCUUGGUUUCCACGGCGAUCCAGCUCCUGACUUCCCCAGAGUCGAACUGCUUGUCCUCCUCCCCGUCCAUCUAUCACAAGGUGUGCAGCAACGAGGCAGCAGAGCCGUGUGACCUGGAGAAACCUCAGCCUCACAGCCAGAUUUCAGAGCUGUCGGACCUGGCCGACCGGCCCCUGGUCGGUGCUCUGACCAGCAGGCUGCAGGCCCUGCACACCCAGCUGCAGGCCUUCGUGGAGCAGGUGGACAGCCUGGGUAAACCCCCGGCAGGUGGGAGGGACCCUCAGGUUGAAGGAGCGUCUCCUCUGGCCUCACCCUGCGCCUCUCUCCUCUGCUCUGGGGACGGGCAGGAUGGACUGAACACUGCCGCCGAGCAGCAGCAGCCUGGUUAUAGGGACCAAUCAGAGCCGGAGGUCAAAGGUCAAAUUGAGGAGAACAGCCAAUCAGACGGCGAUGGGACUGAAAAGCAGGACGACCGCCGGCUGGAGAAGAGAGAAAAGGAGACGGACGAUGCUCUGCCCGCCCAUGGCGAUGAACUUCGGGCUCGGCUGUCCGACGCGGAGGAGUCGGCUCUCGGAACUCAGGGGGAGCAUGAGAGGCACGCUCAGAGAGAAACCUCUCUCCAACUCACACUGCUCCAGGAGGAGCACCAGAAGGCUCUGCUCCGCCGGGACUUCCAGCUGCAGAGUUUGGGCCUCCAGGCUCGGCUUCAGAGGAAGUUGUGGUGCCAGGAGAGGACUCUGCUGGUCCAGGAGUCCCAGCACCUCAAACAGGCCCUGUUACUGCUCAGCCUCAAACUGCGCUGCUUCCUCAAACAGUGGAGGCAGGGCUGCAGGAAGGACACCGAGUGGAAAGACAUCUUGGAGAUGAACAGCCUGAAGGACUUGUACCUGCUGUUGGAGGAGGAGAACCUGACGAGCCCCGCCCACCAGUCUGAGAAGAGGGACGAACAACCACUCAGCACAAAUAUCAAGUCGAGCGCCGUGAGCAGCACCUUGGCGGACCUGAAGGUGGCGCUGCAAGAUUUGAGUGGAGAGUUGCGACAGGAGAGACAAGGCUCCCAAGAGCUCACACAGCAGUUCGCCAAGGCCAAGGCAUCAUGGGAGGUGGAGAGGACGCAACUGAAGAGCCUCGUUACGCAGCUCGAGACCAAAUCAGGAAAAGCAGCUGAUGCACUGGAUCCUCCGGACCUGAAGGUGGCGCUGAAGAGGGAGCGCGAAGAGCACCAGGACCUCCUGGCCGAUUCCUACGCAGCCGUGAUGGACCUAACUAAACAGCUCCAGAUCGGGGAGAGGAACUGGGGCCGAGAGAAGCUGGAGCUGCUGGAGAGGUUCAGCCAGGAAAGAGCUCAGUGGGAGCAGAGACUGGGAGAGGCCACUGCGCAACAGGGGAAGUCAAAGUCACCAGGCAGCGAGUCCUCUGCAGACACAUCCGCCACGAACGGAACAGGAUCACCACGAACCAAAUCCACGUCGGAGCUGGACGGCCCAGAAGUCAACGGGAGAGCCAAUCAGGAGGAGAGAAUUCAGUUUGCUGUCCCAGAGCUGGGUGACCUCACCAGGAAGAACUGGACCUACCUAACCAACGAGACCCCAGAGGUUGGAGACACCUGUAAAACCUGGGACGGUCCCAGCGGCUCUUGCAGCAGCUUAGUGGGAUCAGAGCUGGAUCUGGAGACCGUCCAGAGGAGCUACACUGCUCCAGACCGCACCGGCAUCCGGAUCUACUACAGCCCGCCUGCGGUAAGGCGCAUGGAGCAACAAAAGAGGAGCCAGGAGGCCAAAGAGCCACAGCAGGCCCAGAACGGGAGCUCCUCCCUGGGAGUGAGUGAGCCAGAUGUAGGCGUAGCUGCUGUGGGAGCCCUUGAGGUUCAGCCGCAGCAGCCGUCCUGCUUUUCAUCCUCGUACGAGCAGUGGCUGAGCUCGCUGUCCAUGCAGCACAGGGAGCUGCUGGAGAGCAGAAGUGGUUGCAUUGGCGGUUCGAUCCCAAGCGUCGUCGUCGGCUCGGAUGAUGGGAUGGCGCCCUCGCCAGCUUUCCACGGCCUGGAGAUCGGGGAGAUUUCCGCCAACUUGAGUGAUGACAUGAAGGAGAUGACCAACUGUGUUCGCCAGGCCAUACGCUCUUCCUCUCUGGAGAGGAAAUCCUCAAAGGAACCUGGGAGUCAGGUAGCGGGCAUGUCCACCAGGUCCACGCAGACUGCUGCCCAAUCUGUCAGUAUCGGGGCUUCAAACCGACAACCUUCCCGGCAGCAGAGGGUCGGGGUUCUACUCCAAAGCCUGGUCUCCUCGCCCCUCGCCAACAACCACGUCCUCGCUAGUGUCCGCUCGAACCCGGCAGAUAUCCACGUCCCUGGACAAGGUUCACAGCCGCGUCGACAGGCCAUGCUGUUCACCCAAGUAUGGAUCACCGAAACUGCAACGCAGAGUGUCCUUCUGGCUCCACCUCCAGACUGGAGGGCAGUUCCUCUUCCAGGGACCGGAGCCUGUGGAGCCUUCAGCAAAGAUCCAUCAGUGCAGGAGGAGGAGGAGGAGCAGGAGGAGGAGGAGGCUCGGCCUGGGCUCGCUCCACCACCACAAGGGACAGCCCCGUCCUGAACGGCCUCACCGACGGCCUCUCCAGCCUCUUCAGUGUGGUCGAACACUCUGGAAGCACAGAGUCGCUCUGGAGGGGGGACGGAGGAGCCAGCCAGGGAGCCAGUCCAGCUCGGCAGUCUCCUGCCGCAGGGAAAUCCACCAGCGCACCGGUCUGUGGAUCUGACCCCGGCUCUCUGCGCUACGGAGGCCUGGACCAG